AACCACAGGCUUGUGGCAGACCCGAACAGCCACCAAAUUCUACGAUGGUGGUGACCAGCGCGUCGGCCAAGACCCCCGGCGUAUCCCCCGUAUACGAAGUCGGGGCGACCGUGGAGUACAGUUGUAACGUGGGUAGCCUCCUGAUCGGACCGUCGACCCGCACUUGCCUAGACACCGGUUUCUACAACGAGUUCCCGCCUGCGUGCAAAAAUAUCGAGUGCGGCUAUCCCGCGAGCAUAACGAACGGCGAAUACACGCUCAUCAAUAACACCGUCACUUAUCUCAGCCAAGUGCAUUAUACCUGCUUGGAGGGAUACGAGAUGACCGGACGUGCCCGAUUGACUUGCGACAUCGACGAGCGUUGGAAUGGACCACCGCCGCGAUGCGAGCCGAUU